AUGGCCGAGUGGUUAAGGUCGCCUGAUUGCCAAGAAAUGUUGUCGAACAUAGCUCUGGGAACCUUCACGUUUAACAGUUCUUCCUAUUACAUUAAUUCAUUGAAUGAGUUCACAUCGUUCUUGACUGUUGAUGGCAACAAUGGUUCGAGCGAUUACAUGAAACUUUGCUCUGUGACGUGGCCCGGGUUCGAACCCAACUGGAUCGGAGUUGAUCUGGCUCAUAUUUAUUUCAUAUUCUACACAAUUUUAUUUGCUGGACCAAACAACAUUAACGUAGCAACAAAGAACGAUUUGAGUUACUUUAUAGUAGGAGUGACAAACAGGUCCCUGGAGGUUUACCCGCCAGUGAGAGGCACAUACGAGCUCUGCGCUCAAUAUCCAGAUGUAGUUGCUUUGAAACAGGUAGUUCGAUUGAAUUGUUCCUCUGCAACACCUCCAGCCAGAUACGUCAUACUGCAACAACCAGACAACUCUUCUGGAUAUAUGUCCGUCUGUGAAUGGGAAAUUUACGGAAAGCCUUUUAAAGAAUAUCGAACAAAUUUGCUGUUAAAAAAGCCAGCUAACAGUAGUUCGGCUUACGAAGAUAACGUGUGUAAAAAGUACGUAGCCGAUUGGAUUGUGGAUGGCUAUCACAACACUUUACCGCUUUAUUGCCAUUGUGGUCAAACCAAGGAUCCUGCUGGCGGACCGAACUGGUUCAUGGUUGAUAUGAGAUCAACCUAUUGUAUUGAUUACGUGGUUUUAACCGCUAGGCUCAUUACAAAUAAGGAUAGCUCUGUUCUCAUUAAGAUCAUGCAUCGAAUGGACAACUUCAUAAUUGGACUGACCAAUAUGGACAGCGUUAGAUCAGCUCCAGUCAGAGACAACUACCCAAUGUGUGCAACUUGGCCUGGUUCGGUUAAACUCGGAGUCAAAGUGGAGUUGAAAUGCAAUGCCAACCUCCCGAAGUUCAGGUACCUAAUAGCGCAGGCUGGCGCAAACUCGUUAGAUGGAAGUUUCACUAUUUGCGAGCUAGAGGCCUAUGAACCAGUUAAUAAAGAUUCUCUAAUUUGGAAAAGACAAGCCGGCACCUACUUGACUGGAUAUAAAAUGACGUCCUUGAAGAGCAGAAGUGUCAUGCAGUGCGUGAAUCGUUGUCGUCACUCGGGUCAGUGUGACUCCAUCAACUUCAAUGUGGGUUCCUUGACCUGUCAACUCAACAAACACGCAAACGGGUACUCUCCUAAAAAACUGACCAACAACGUAGAUUGGUCAUUUUAUACAGCUUACUACUAUUGA